CUGAAAGAUUCAUCCGCACCUAUCUAUCGCAGGGUGGCGUCCCUCCAUCGACUCCUCACGGUCCUGCGGGUCGACGGAGACUCCACCUCACUUCGAUUCAGCUCCGAGGCGGGACGAAAUGGCGGCGACUUCGCCAUAUUUGGUUGUUCUCAUACUUUUGGGAUUCAUUUCGCCGUUUCUGCAUCAGAACUUAAUCAGUGAUGUAAAACUGCAGGUGGUGGGGGUGAAACUAUUUCCUACAAUUAGAUCUAGAUCUGAGAUUCUUCAGGAGUCAAUCAUCCAACAGAUAAAUACCAAUCACAGUGGAUGGGAAGCUGCCAUGAAUCCUCGCUUCUAUAAUUACACCAUUGGCCAAUUCAAGCACCUACUUGGAGUGAAACCAACACCAAAGUAUGAUUUGAAGGAUUUCCCUGUUAUUACUCAUACAAAUUCGUUGAAGUUGCCAAAGGAGUUUGAUGCGAGGACAGCUUGGCCUCAGUGUAUCACAAUUGGGAGAAUACUUGAUCAGGGGCACUGUGGAUCUUGUUGGGCUUUUGGUGCUGUGGAAUCUCUAUCCGAUCGGUUUUGCAUCCAUUUUGGCAUGAAUAUUUCACUGUCUGUUAAUGACCUCUUGGCAUGCUGCGGCUUUAUGUGUGGAGAUGGUUGUGAUGGGGGAUAUCCUAUCUAUGCAUGGCAGUACUUUGUUCAACAUGGUGUUGUUACUGAAGAGUGUGACCCAUACUUCGAUGAUGUUGGCUGCUCUCACCCUGGUUGUGAACCUGCAUAUCCAACUCCUAAGUGUGAAAAGAAGUGUGAAGAUAAGAACCAGCUGUGGUGGGAAGUGAAGCAUUUCAGUGUCAAUACCUACAGAAUCAAUUCCAAUCCUUAUGAUAUCAUGGCAGAGGUCUAUAAGAAUGGGCCUGUUGAGGUUUCGUUCACUGUCUACGAGGAUUUUGCUCACUAUAGGUCAGGGGUUUACAAGCACGUUACGGGAGACGUCAUGGGAGGCCAUGCAGUGAAGCUAAUUGGAUGGGGAACCAGUGAGGAUGGGGAAGAUUAUUGGCUUCUUGCAAACCAGUGGAAUAGAAGUUGGGGUGAUGAUGGUUACUUCAUGAUCAGGAGAGGAACAAACGAAUGUGGAAUCGAGGAAGAUGCAGUAGCUGGUUUGCCAUCAUCCAAGAACUUGAUUAGGAAGCACGGUGAUGUUGAUGAAAAUCAAGAUGCGCCCGGACUAUAACUGAUUUUAUCCACUAGCA